CUAUUCUCCUACCACCACUACGCGUCUACCGACGACACGAUUAUCUGACAUUUCUAAAAGUUGGGAAGGAAUAAAGCACAUUCAGAAUCAAUUCUUUGCCUCGCGUCAUCCAUAUAUCACCUCAUCUUGAUACCGGAUCUCUACAGGCUCAAGAGAUUUGAUUCACAAGAAGGGCUGGUAGAAAAAAAAGUGAAACCAUGUCCCUUCUCAAGCGCAAGGCUAACGGCGAGUUUGAGGACUGGAGGGUUUACACGCCAGUAACGAAUGCAUCAAGUUCGCCCGAUUCUGCUCGUCCCGCAAAGCGAAAAAGAAAAGUCAAAUCCGACGACACUGGUCCGUCUAUUGGUGCUGGAAACGUUGGUGGGCGGACUGGCUCGUCGCCUACGUCCAGUCCAACAUCGCAGUUGCCACCGCCCGCUUCGGCUCGUCCUACAAAGCGAGCCCGAAAAGUCAAGCCCGAAGAUUAUGACGGAUUCAUCGGUACCGGAGAUACUAGACCCUGUGGUACUCUGGCAAGGUCUCGCAUUCCUUCCAUGGCUAGUGGAGCAGGCUCGCAGGUAGCUAAUCCAGCUACCACCGCCAGUUCCUCUACAAUUUACGACACAAAACUGGGUAAUCCUUCCACUUCUACAGCCGAUCAGUGGUUCUCCGAUCCUAUCCAUGGCUAUUCCAUCUCCGCACCGUCGACGUUCCAGGCCAAGGCACCUCCAAAUGCGGCCGCGACUCCUGAUAUAAAAAUGACCCCUAACGCAGCACCGAUACCACAAAAAUCUCCAUCUAAGGCGAAUACACCUCGUCAACCAAAACCCAAACCUGAGAAGCGCGGCGCCAUCUUCAAAAAGAAGUGCCCUCAAAAUAUUCUCGACAGGCUGGAUAGGGUGAUUGAGCAAAGGUUCUUCAUGAUCGAUAGGGAGCGCGACGGCGAUGAGUUGAAGGAGACCUUCAAGGUCUUGGGCUCCACAGGCAAUGUUUAUACUGUUGUUAUCGACCAUACACCUCGUUGUGACUGCCCCGAUGCUUCGAAGGGCAACCAUUGCAAGCAUAUCAUCUUCGUAUUUAUCAAAGUCCUCCAAGUCCCCCAAGAGUCGCCACAUUGGUACCAAAAAGCCCUUCUGACGUCUGAACUUCAAGAUGUUUUCUCCCACGCGCCAAAUGCCGUCGCGAACGAGAGGCUUCGUCAGGCUCAUUUGCAAGCUACUGGGAAAGCACCUGCCUCAGACUCCAAUAAGACCAGCAGCAACAGGCGCAUGCCAACAGAGGAAGAUGACUGUCCCAUCUGCUACGACAAGAUGCAUACAGAGCCGGAAAACAAACUUACGUGGUGCGAGGUUUGCGGAAAUGCUCUGCAUGGAGUCUGUUUUGCCCAAUGGCGAACGACUGCGCAGAACUCGGGGAAGAACGUUACUUGUGUGUGGUGUCGUGCGGAGUGGGUCCUGCCGAAUGCGGGUAAGGGCAAGGGUAAAGCUAUCGGAGACGAAGGAUAUGUCAAUUUAGCAGCGGUAGCGGGUGUCAGUACCGAGAGGGACACAUCGUCCUACUAUCACGGGGCGAGGAGAGGGAACAGAUAUGGCUAUCAGAAGUAUGGAAUGUGGUGAUAUUGUUGUGAUUUAUAGCGACUAAUCUGAUUCUUGUGUGUGCUCUGUCAUCUUGAUUCUUGAGGACAGGAUCCAGAUCCCAACCCGCAAAUGUCCAGCCUGUUGGGCUCUAGCAAAUGGACGCAUUGCGUGGGCAAAUUCUAAA